AUGUUGGUUCAUAAAGACUUGCGUAAAUGGAAGAAAGCAAUAACUACUCAAUUGGACUCUCCAGAAAAAGCCCCAGUUUGUGUAUCCAGUGAUAAAUCUACUAACACCUGGGGCUAUGACCAGGAGCAUCUGACUUCAUUUGUACUAAGAGAAAGGGAUUUUAUCACAAGAGAUCUGCAAAGAUCUAAAUUGAGACCAUGUAAAAGAUUCAAAAGUCCCCUAAGGUCAUCAUCACCUGAACUUGAAGUAUCUGUAAAUGCCGAGUUUCUAGUUUCACAGCAAGAGAGGCAUGAACAAGAGGAAAAUGGAACAUCAAUGGAAUCCAUUUCAACAAUACCUGAUAAACAAACUGAUUGUGCAUCUCUUUCAGAAACACAGGAAUAUAAGGAUCUGGAGGCAAUGGUUCUGCAUGCUGCUGAAGUAAAUGAGAGAGAGAACAUUGAAGAGAAUGUGACACAGCUGGUUGAUGCAGCCACAUACAAUGUAGACUGGUUUCUGAGGGAUGCUCUUGGUGAUGAAAUGGACAUCUCCAUUUGCACUGACAGUCAUGAUGGCCAAGUCAUAAAGCCAGAUUUUCCUGAGGAAUGCUGUGCAUCUAACCAUGGAGAACCAUUAUUCCACACAGUUAGCAGUUACCGAAUGUUAACCAACCUCAAAAGACAGAAAAUAAGACCACAUUUAUCAUCAGUGAGAAUGUGCAUUUCUGAUGCACCUACAUCACCCACAGAAAAACAGGUGCAAGCUGCAGUCCAGUCACUACUUUCAAAGGCAGACAUACAUAUGUCAAUAAUUAUUCAAGCAAGCAAAGCACUUGAUGUUUGUGAGCAGUCAAAAGAGUUUAUAUCAUCACGUGAGAGAGUAGAGUGCGAAAGAAUCCUGCUCAUAUCAACACACAUACGAAAUGCUGCUUAUGGUGAAAUUCACCGUUUAAAAUUUGAAGAUUCUGCAGACACUCGUAUUUGUUUUGAAAAAGGAACUAUCUACAUAAGUGAUGUGGCACUAAAAGUAAAGGAAGAUUUUCAUAAAUCCACAUUACUUGACAUGGAAAUGAGAACAUGGUUUGUAUGUUUAAUGACGCACAAUGGCAGAGUGAUUGCUACAGAAGCUGAAGCAUACACCAAAGGAGGACACAUCAGAUUCUCAGGAUGUUAUGCAUUCACUGAACUGCGGAAAGAUUUUACCAUAAGAGUUCAAGUUUACUGUUUGAAACUGAGAAAACAGAUACCAGGAUGUCAGUCAAAACCUCUCUCAUUGAUGCCAAUGGCAGUUUUUGGGUGUCCAGUCUCAUGUAAAAAAGCAAAGAAUAGUUGGAGGAAGGCUAGUCCAGAUUUGCAUGAAAGAAUAAAAACUUCCUCAUUCACUCCAGCAGGAGAGCUUCAUUUGAGAGUUCAUGAUGUUCACUGCUCUAAGCCUUGGCCACUACGUAAGGUACCUCCUUCGUCACCUCUAGUUGGCACAAUUGAUUUGGAGCUCAAAACAUCACUCAAACUAACGGCUGAAUAUUCAGGAUUUUUAAAUUUGUCUGAAGAAUUCUCAUUGCCUGGAUCAUGGCAGAGAUACUGGUUUUAUUUGAAAGAACAUAUGUUAUAUUAUUGGAAUUAUCCGUUAGAUAAAGAUAUAAAGGAUCCAGUUGGGAAAAUUGAUCUUAGCAAAUGUUUGACAAAAACCAUUGGUUCAGUAAGCAGGAGUCAGUGUGCUCGACCAAGAACUUUCGUCAUAGAGACAAGCACACAAGACACUAUAUCUACUGCCAUGAGGCACUUCCUGUCAGCAGAUACUGGUCUGGAAAUGAAUCAGUGGUGCAGUGUUUUGAACAAAGUUAUUAGAUCAAUGAGGGAGUGGAAUAUUAUCAAUUUUAACCUUUGA